UUACGCCAGGGCCCCAAGGCUUCCGAAUUUGGCUUGCCCACACAAAACAUGGCGGCAGGAGAGCAGCGUUUCCGCCGGGCAUGUCCACAUCCAACGGGGCCCAUGGGAGAGGCGCAGUCUUCUAACUCUUGCCCACACUCAACAUGGCGGCUACAAGGCGCCUGAACUAGUCUGCGAAGCCUACCCCAGGCGUGGGCUGCAGCGUCGAGUAACGUCAUUCGAACGCCGUCGCACCCCUUUGUGCGUCACGGGUGGCGGGCGCGGGAAGGGGAUUUGGAUUGUUGCGCCUCUGCUCUGGAGAAAGUGCUGUCUGUCUCCAACUCCAGUUCCUGUCCUUGAGCAGCGCCUGCAACCUAACCCUUCCCACUCUGUCACCUUCUUGAUCCCGCCGGCGCUUUAGAGCCGCAGUCCAGUCUCCGAUCCUUCAGAGCCUCAUCCACUAGCCGCGAUGCAUGUGAUCAAGCGAGAUGGCCGCCAAGAGCGAGUCAUGUUUGACAAAAUUACAUCUCGAAUCCAGAAGCUUUGUUAUGGACUCAAUAUGGAUUUUGUUGAUCCUGCUCAGAUCACCAUGAAAGUAAUCCAAGGCUUGUACAGUGGGGUCACCACAGUGGAACUAGAUACUUUGGCUGCUGAAACAGCUGCAACCUUGACUACUAAGCACCCUGACUAUGCUAUCCUGGCAGCUAGGAUUGCUGUCUCUAACUUGCACAAAGAAACAAAGAAAGUGUUCAGUGAUGUGAUGGAAGACCUCUAUAACUACAUAAAUCCACAUAAUGGCAAACACUCUCCCAUGGUGGCCAAGUCAACAUUGGAUAUUGUUUUGGCUAAUAAAGAUCGCCUGAAUUCUGCCAUUAUCUAUGACCGAGAUUUCUCUUACAAUUACUUUGGCUUUAAGACGCUAGAGCGGUCUUAUUUGUUGAAGAUCAAUGGAAAAGUGGCUGAAAGACCACAACAUAUGUUGAUGAGAGUAUCUGUUGGGAUCCACAAAGAAGACAUUGAUGCAGCAAUUGAAACAUAUAAUCUUCUUUCUGAGAGGUGGUUUACUCAUGCUUCUCCCACUCUCUUCAAUGCUGGUACCAACCGCCCACAACUUUCUAGCUGUUUUCUUCUGAGUAUGAAAGAUGACAGCAUUGAAGGCAUUUAUGAUACUCUAAAGCAGUGUGCAUUGAUUUCUAAGUCUGCUGGAGGAAUUGGUGUUGCUGUGAGUUGUAUUCGGGCUACUGGCAGCUACAUUGCUGGGACUAACGGCAAUUCCAAUGGCCUUGUACCGAUGCUGAGAGUAUAUAACAACACAGCUCGAUAUGUGGAUCAAGGUGGGAACAAGCGUCCUGGGGCAUUUGCUAUUUACCUGGAGCCUUGGCAUUUAGACAUCUUUGAAUUCCUUGAUUUAAAGAAGAACACAGGAAAGGAAGAGCAGCGUGCCAGAGAUCUUUUCUUUGCUCUUUGGAUUCCUGAUCUCUUCAUGAAGCGAGUGGAGACUAAUCAGGACUGGUCUUUGAUGUGUCCAAAUGAGUGUCCUGGUCUGGAUGAGGUUUGGGGAGAGGAAUUUGAGAAACUAUAUGAAAGUUAUGAGAAACAAGGUCGUGUCCGCAAAGUUGUAAAAGCUCAGCAGCUUUGGUAUGCCAUCAUUGAGUCUCAAACAGAAACAGGCACCCCGUAUAUGCUCUACAAAGAUUCCUGUAAUCGGAAGAGCAACCAGCAGAACCUGGGAACCAUCAAAUGCAGCAACCUGUGCACAGAAAUAGUGGAGUACACCAGCAAAGAUGAGGUUGCUGUUUGUAAUUUGGCUUCCCUGGCCCUGAAUAUGUAUGUCACAUCAGAACACACAUAUGACUUUAAGAAGUUGGCUGAAGUCACUAAAGUCGUUGUCCGAAACUUGAAUAAAAUUAUUGAUAUAAACUACUAUCCUGUACCAGAGGCAUGCCUAUCAAAUAAACGUCAUCGCCCCAUUGGAAUUGGGGUACAAGGUCUGGCAGAUGCUUUUAUCCUGAUGAGAUACCCUUUUGAGAGUGCAGAAGCCCAAUUACUGAAUAAGCAGAUCUUUGAAACUAUUUAUUAUGGCGCCCUGGAAGCCAGCUGUGACCUUGCCAAGGAGCAAGGCCCAUAUGAAACCUAUGAGGGCUCUCCAGUUAGCAAAGGAAUUCUUCAGUAUGAUAUGUGGAAUGUUACUCCUACAGACCUAUGGGACUGGAACCUUCUCAAGGAGAAGAUUGCAAAGUAUGGUAUAAGAAACAGUUUACUUAUUGCCCCGAUGCCUACAGCUUCCACUGCUCAGAUCCUGGGGAAUAAUGAGUCCAUUGAACCUUACACCAGCAAUAUCUAUACUCGCAGAGUCUUGUCAGGAGAAUUUCAGAUUGUAAAUCCUCACUUAUUGAAAGAUCUUACUGAGCGGGGCCUAUGGCAUGAAGAGAUGAAAAACCAGAUUAUUGCAUGCAAUGGCUCUAUUCAGAGCAUACCAGAAAUUCCUGAUGACCUGAAGCAACUUUAUAAAACUGUGUGGGAAAUCUCUCAGAAAACCGUUCUCAAGAUGGCAGCUGAGAGAGGUGCUUUCAUUGAUCAAAGCCAAUCUUUGAAUAUCCACAUUGCUGAGCCUAACUAUGGCAAACUCACUAGUAUGCACUUCUACGGCUGGAAACAGGGUUUGAAGACUGGGAUGUAUUAUUUAAGGACAAGACCAGCGGCUAAUCCAAUCCAGUUCACUCUAAAUAAGGAGAAGCUAAAAGAUAAGGAAAAGGUAUCAAAAGAGGAAGAAGAGAAGGAGAGGAACACAGCAGCCAUGGUUUGCUCUUUGGAAAAUAGAGAUGAAUGUCUGAUGUGUGGAUCCUGAGGAAAGGCUUGGAAGAGACCAGCAUGUCUUCAGUAGCCAAACUACUUCUUGAGCAUAGAUAGGUGUAGUGGAUUUUGCUUGAGGUGGUAAGGCUUUGCUGGACCCUGUUGCAGGCAAAAGGAAUAAUUGAUUUAAAGUACUGUUACGAUGAUAAUGAUUUUUUUUUAAACUCAUGUAUUGGAAUUUUCACCAAAAUGAUGCUUUUGAAAAAAAGAAAAAAAAAAAAAAAACAGAUAUAUUGGGAAUCAAAGUAGAAGUUUUAGGAAUGCAAUAAGUCAUCUUGCAUACAGGGAGUGUUAAGUAAAGUUUCAUCACCCCUUUAGUACUGAUUUUCUGAUGACUUCAGUUUUGUUAAGGAGAUUUAGUUUUACUGCUUUGACUGGUGGGUCUCUAGAAGCAAAACUGAGUGAUAACUCAUGAGAAGUAUUGAUAGGACAUUUAUUUGGGUAUGGUCCUAUAGGUUAUUCUGAAAUAAAGAUAAACAUUUCUAAGUGA